AUGAUGGGUAUGGAGAAGCAACAUAGUAUGGAGGACGAAAAUUCGGAAUAUCUAUAUAAUCCAGAUAUACUUAAAAAAUUGGAUUUCGGCAAGAGCCCAGCCAAAUUCAACCCCUUCAUCAGCGCAGCACACCCUGGAGAAGAUUGGAUGGUUGUGAGACCUCUUCAAAGAGCUGAUUAUGAUAAGGGAUUUCUUCAGCUCCUGAGUCAGUUAACCAGUACUGGUAGCAUAUCACGCAAGCAAUUUGAUGAACGUUUUACACAGAUGAAAAGUGCUGGCGGAUAUUACGUGACAGUUAUAGAGGACAAGCGUAUUUCAAAAAUAAUUGGAGCUGCAACACUAACAAUUGAACAAAAAUUUAUACAUAAUUGCUCUGUGAGAGGCCGCUUAGAAGAUGUUGUUGUGAAUGACACUUAUCGGGGAAAGCAAUUAGGAAAACUAAUUGUGGUGACCGUAUCAUUGUUGGCUCAAGAACUGGGUUGCUAUAAGAUGUCACUCGACUGUAAAGACAAACUGAUCAAAUUCUAUGAAAGCCUUGGUUAUAAACUUGAGCCCGGUAACUCUAAUGCUAUGAAUAUGAGGUAA